AUGGCUGAUCGCCAAGAAGAGCUCAGAAUCCGGAUGGACACAGUUGCUCAGGUUGUUGCGGACCCCCCGCAAAGAAAUCCUGCUGAUGCCCGUGUCAAUGGUAAACCCGUGAACGGAGGACCUGGUGUAAUUCCUCCUGCUACCAAUCAAGGUAAUCCUCGUGGGCCUCCACAGCCUACUCCUGAAGGACAAACUACACAACAAAUCAGAAGGGCUGCUGCUAUCCCUAUGUUGGAAGAAGACCGACAUGAGGAUUUGUUUCCUGAAAGUGAGUGGGGAUUUCCACAUGAUGCUGGAAGAAUGUUUAGAGGUCUGGAGGAAAGGAUGAGGGCAAUGGAAGGCCAAGGCCUGGGUAUGGAUAUCAAUGACUUGGGUUUAGUUCCUGGCGUCCGUGUGCCACCAAAGUUCAAAGUACCUGAUUUUGAGAAAUACAAGGGGAAUACUUGUCCUAAGACACAUGUCCGAGCUUACUAUCGCAAGAUGCAUGUGUAUUAUGAAGACGAAGGACUGUUGAUGCACUUCUUCCAAGAUAGUCUGACUGGGGCAUCCUUGGAGUGGUACAUGAGGUUGGAAAGAGCUAGUAUCCGAAGUUGGAGAGACCUUGUUGAUGCCUUCAUAAAGCAGUAUCAGUAUAAUGUUGACAUGGCACCGAAUCGCACUCAGUUACAGAAUCUAGCCCAGAAAGCUAAUGAGUCCUUCAAAGAAUAUGCGCAGAAAUGGCGCGAGUUGGCAGCUAGAGUCCAGCCACCUAUGUUGGAAAGAGAGAUGAUGGACCUGUUCACCAACACUCUAGAGGGCCAAUACUACUCUGCCUGCUCUGCAUCCUCAAGUUUUGCCGAGUUAGUUAUGAUUGGUGAGCGAAUUGAAAGUGGAAUUAAGGCUGGUAGAAUACAGAAUCCGAGUGCCGCUAGUUCCUCCUCCGGGGCAGGAGGGAAGAAACCAUAUAACGGAUUUGCUAAAAAGAGAGAGGGUGAAACGAGUGCUGCCUACUAUGGUAAAGGCAAGAGUCAUGCUUAUCAUCAGGUAGUUGCUGUGACCAUACCGAGUACUCCUCUUCAACAACAACCACAACAACAGCAGCGGUAUCCCCCGCGUCAGUAUCAGCAAAAGCCGAGAGCACCAAGAAUUUUUGAUCCUAUACCUAUGACAUAUGCACAAUUACUCGCUCAUCUUUUACAUGGUGACUUGGUGCAACUUCGUACCAUGGGCCCCCCACCUGCUAAGCUUCCUCCUAACUAUGAUGCUAAUGCCCACUGUGAGUUUCAUUCUGGGGCUGCUGGCCAUGAUAUUGAACAUUGCAUAGGAUUCAUGCAUAAAGUACAGGAUAUGCUUGAUUCAAAGGCUAUUGAGUUCACCCCUACUCAAGGACCUAACGUUGUACAGAACCCUAUGCCCUCCCAUGGAACUCAUGCUGCAAAUGCCAUCGAGAUUGUUGAAGACACUCACUUGGUCAAGGAUGUGAUCGAAUUGGGAUCUUUGUUGCCAUUAUUGAAGAAGGAAUUGUUGAGGAUGAGUCUAUACGCUGGUUGUGGAGAAUUCUGUACUGAUUGUAUGGUCACUUCCUCAGUUUGUGACAAGGUGAAAGGUGGGAUCCAACAGUUGAUAGAUAGUGGGUAUCUACAGUUUGAGCAUGUGCGACAUCCAAAGUCAGUCAAGAAUGAAAUCAAUGUGCUAUCCAUCCCGUAUACUCCUGCUAAGAUCCCGGUUCCUGCCAGAGCGCCGCCUUUGGUCAUCACGUUGCCUGGUCCCAUCCCAUAUACUAGUGAAAAAGCAAUCCCAUGGAAUUAUGGCGGUGAAGUUUUCUACCAAGGGGCCGAGUAUGAGAUUAAAAUGCCGGUUUAG